CUCUCUCUCUCUCCUUCUAUCUCUCUCGCUUUCUCUGUUUCUCUUUCUCUUUCUCUUUCUAUAUCGCACGUUGCCUAACCCCCGUGUGUGUGGAGGCACAGGAGUUCUCUCUCCAGAGAGAGAGCCAAGAAAGCAGAAGAAUCACGCUGCAGAGCAGCACGUGUGCUGCGCUCGUGCGGAUCGUACGAGCCACCCCCGUCGCGUUUACUUGCUACUAAGCGUUAAUUUUCCGCGAUUAUCACCGUGAGGACACGGUCUCACGCGGUUUCACUCGGUUUCACUCGGUUCGACAAGGUUUCACGCGGUUUGGACUCGUUUGAUCGGGGUGAAUUUGGUGUAUAAGGACACGAUAUUUUGGAAUAAGAAGAUUGGCUUACAUAAGCAGAUAAAGGAGAGAGAAUUGUAGAUUGAUUGGUUGAAGGUUUGUCGAACACGGUUUUCGGUGUUUGUUGAUUGUUGAGUUUUAUCAGGGACGUGAGUCUCGGUUUCUUAGGCAAGGCAGAGUUGAAUAGUGGUAGGAAACGCGAGUGACUGUAAUAGACGCGAUUAGCGUGGUUUCGUGAAGAUUGUGCCAAAGUACACCGUGUGACGAUACCACGUUGCUUAUUCCGGAUUCCCCGUGCGGCGUCCGAAGGAGGCUGGUCGGGAGAUAGGCAUCGGCCGACGGCAGCUUUUGUGACCGGAAGUGCCUAAAGGCCCGAAGAUUCUGCCUUCGCAGCAGCUGGGCGCUGCGGUCGCUCCAUGGCCGGGCGCCACCGGCCUCCUAGCCUCUGUCACCGCUGACGAUAUGGCACACAAAGGUCACAGUGGCGUCAAUCAGCUCGGAGGUGUUUUCGUCGGCGGUAGGCCGCUUCCAGACUCGACGAGGCAAAAGAUCGUCGAGCUAGCGCAUUCGGGCGCACGACCUUGUGACAUUUCGAGGAUUUUGCAAGUUAGUAAUGGCUGCGUCUCGAAGAUUCUUGGGAGGUACUAUGAAACCGGAUCCAUCAGGCCCAGAGCAAUCGGUGGCAGUAAACCGCGCGUAGCCACAGCAGAAGUCGUAAGCAAGAUUUCCCUUUACAAAAGCGAAUGCCCCUCUAUCUUUGCGUGGGAAAUCAGAGAUCGUUUGCUCCAGGAAGGCGUCUGCACCAACGAUAACAUCCCUAGUGUGUCAUCUAUAAAUAGGGUACUGAGAAAUUUAGCAGCACAGAAGGAGCAACGGCAACAACAGCAACAGCAGCAGCAAGGGGUGGCUGCUGUUGGUGUUGGAGUUGGUGCUGGUAGCCCAGCUGAGAGCGUUUACGACAAAUUGAGGCUACUGAAUGGGCAAACCACAGGCUGGCCGAGGCCCAAUCCAUGGUAUCCAUCUGGUGCUGGCAGUCCGUUUCCAUCCCUGCAGCCCAGCUUGAGUCCAAGUCAUUGUACAGCCUUGCCGCCGGAUCCUGCGGAUAUUCUGCAUGCAAAGAAAGUUGCAGAAUUGGAGGGUGGUACACAUUCGGACGAAACGAACAGUGGAGGUGACAACAGCAACGCCGGAAGUGUAUCCGGAGGCACGGACGACGAUCAGGCGCGUCUUCGCUUAAAAAGGAAGCUUCAAAGGAAUCGUACAAGCUUCAGUAACGAGCAAAUCGAUGCUCUCGAGAAGGAAUUUGAGAGAACGCAUUAUCCAGACGUUUUCGCCAGGGAGAGACUCGCUGGAAAGAUUGGUCUACCGGAAGCUCGAAUACAGGUGUGGUUUUCGAAUCGGCGGGCGAAGUGGCGGCGCGAAGAGAAAUUGCGCACGCAACGGAGGGACAACCCGCAACACCAGCAGUCACAACAGCAACAGCAACAACAACAACAGUCGCAGCAGCAGCAACAACAGCAACAGCACGCCGGAGGUGUGAGUCUAGUUGGCGCUGGCCAUCCAACACCGCCGCCAGCCUCGGGUAUUUUGGCUAGUCAACCACCCCCGCAAGCACCGCCCUCUCCACCGAGGAUACAUCAUGGUUUCGCGCCUACAGCCGUUUAUCCAGGAAUACCAAGCAUGCCUGAUUCAUACAGCCCAAUGACGUCGAUGCCGAGUUUCACUAUGUCCGGCGGGAGUCAGCAAAACCAGCACACUACCAGCAGCAUGUCAUCGUUAUCAACGAGCGGUGGGAUGGGCCCCAUGGGCAUGACCGUGGGCAUGACGGUGGGACCGAGUCCCGGAGCGUGUCUUCAACAACGAGACAACGGAUACUCGUGUGGUGUGGCUCGCCCACCGAGUUACGAGCCUCUUCAUCUUGGAUACGGGGCACGGCCCACGUGCAGCCCCACUCAACCAUACCAUACCGCGGGCCUGAACCAGUACAAUCAAAACACCAGCUCCACCGGUCUGAUAUCACCAGGUGUCAGUGUACCGAUUGCAGUACCAGGUCAACCAGCACCAGAUAUGGCAGCGCAAUAUUGGUCCCCUCGGUUACAGUGACCGUGGUGGUCAUCGGUGUCGACAUCCUCUCCGUAGGCUUGAGCUUCUUUGACUUACGUUAGUUUUACAAACGUUAGAUACAAGAGAACGCAAGGAGAAGACGUUCGAAAUCGAUGAAAGGGCAGCUCUUGCAAUCGUUCAGUAAGAUAUCGAUUCAACUGUCGUCGAUGAUCGUCGACUGCCUUUGAGAAUUCAAAGGCGAUCUCUUGAAAAUCGUUCGAAGAACAUACGAGGAAAGAGAAUAAAAAGUAAUGACGAUGAUAAACGUCACGUCUGAUACAAGAUCUAUCAAACAUAAAAAAGAACAAGUUUUGCAAAAAGUUUCUUUUAUGCGAGAUGAAAGUUUUUGCAAAUUAUUAGACGUGAACGAGUAUAAAUUACAAAUUAUGUUCAGUUGCUUUUUCUUCAAGUAAUUUUUCAUCCGAUCUUUUGAAAUAUAUCACUGUUCGUAAGUGUUAAGAUAUUUACAGAACGUGAGAUUAAUCUUGGAAAUAAUUGGGAAAUUAUUACUAUAAUCCUUAAGAAUUAAUAUAUAGUUUGAAAAACAGAUGGAGGUAAUAGAAUCUCAAGAUACAUACAAAAAUCAUAUAUUCAAAAACUUUGAAGAUUUGAAAAUCUAGAAAUUUGAAAGUUUGAAAGUUUGAAAAUUCGAGGGUUUGGAAAAAUUUGGGAAUGCUAAAUUUGAAAACUCUAUAGUUGGUAUUUCAGAAAUGCUAAAAUUUUGAAAAUUCAUAAGUUUGAAACUUCGUAACUCGAAAAUUCAAGGAUUUGGAAACUCAAAAAUUUGUUAACUCGAAAGUUUAAGAAUUCAAAAAUCCAAAGACUUAUUUAUCACUUCGAAAACAUAAACAUUCAAAAAUUUCAAAAUUUGAAUAUUUAAAAAAUCGGAGAUUCUAAAAUUUGAAGAUUUAUAAAUUCUGAAAUUCAAGAAUAUGUUGUGUCACAGGAACAUUAAUUCUUAAUUAAGAUUAUCUAAUUCAGUACAUUCACCUUGUAACUCUUGCAAACUCUUAAUAUCAUUGUCGUACAUGCGAAAUCAUGAUCAUCUAUAAUCAUUUAGUUAAUAAUUUAAAGCAAUUAUUACAUCUAGAUAGAUUUAUUAAACCAGAAAAUGUCUUGAUACUUCUGAACGGAGACUUAUCUACGAAAGACAAGAAA